CCCCGUGAGCGCGCUUGGCUGUCAUCACACAGAGGAUUCGCUACAAUGUCAAACAUUCAGCAUACGCGCGAAGUCAUGGCUUUUUCUACGCGAAACGAUGAGAGGCAUCGCCGCGUGCUGCUGCUGCUCAUCCUCUAAACACAGAAGUCCUUUCACUUUUAUUUUAUUAAUGCAUUUAUUAUUCCAUGUUCCAGGACGGGAUGCGUUGGAGCACGUCUAUGUGAGUGUGUGAGCCGGGUCGGAGGUCAUGCAGCGGAGGGAAUCUGACUCCCGUGGCCUCUUUUCCUCCGGAGAGACGUCUGACAAUGACUGUGAGAUGGGGGCGAGUUGUGGAGAGGUGGAUGUAGCGUGUCUGUGCGAGGUCGGUCCCUGUACACUUUAUUCAGAAGCACACACGCCUACGCCGGACACACGUCUAUGUGAACACUGUGGAAAAAACAGAGUCAUGAUAACCAGGUACUCCGAGGGAUACGGCACCGAGGAGGAUUGUGUGUUGUCAGACCCUCAGGGGGAGAGUGAUGCAGAUGCUGAUAUAGAGGACACAGAUUGCAGACUGCAGGAGCCAGGUUCUCUCCAGCGAAUCAGCUCGCGCAGACGUAAGCGUCCACGGGUAGCGCGGCAAGACACCACGGAGAGCGAGGACGACGGCGGGCGGAGCCACCGAACACACCGCUGGAACCUCAGGCUCAGCCCUGACAGAGCACACAGCAGGACCAUACUGGAGGAGAGCAUAUCACAGGUAAGGCCACUGGUCAUCUGCCGGCCGAACGUCGAGAGGCCACAGAGUCCGGGCGAACUUCCCGGAGGCACCAAACGUCUGAUGUCACUAUGGCCAACAUCCCUCUCUCUGCCUCUCGUCCUCCUCCUCCUGCUGCCUCUCUCCCUCUCUCUCGUCAUUGUUAUCGUGUCUUUCUUUCUGCCUUGGGCUCGCGCUUGACUUCACCUUUGUGUUUCAAGAGAAGGAUUUUAGUGACAACCUAACACCAACUCAGACAGAGCAGCACAAAAUGGAAACACAAACACGGUGCUUUAGAAAUGCAAUUGACUAUUCAUUCAAUCCAGAAAAUCACAGGUUGAAAUACGUUCAUCCUGCGCCUCUUAAAGCCACUUGAGGUACGUUUGCACCAGAAUCAGCUCCCGAUGCAAACGAUAUACUCAGAGCUUUCUUUUGCCACAUGAAAUCUCACCUUCCGUCUCACUUUCUCACCCCCUCGUUUGUAAAAAUAGACCUCUCGUCUCGCUCCUUGUAAUAACGAGCCACAGGAGUGGUACGCGGGGGGGGGGUUUCAUGGCUGCACAGGUAGGUUAUAAAGGGACUUAAUAGGGAAAAGAUGAUGCUGCUGAACUAUGCAAAUGUUAUGUUCCUACUGCAGCAUCUGAAGAAGUCUCCUAUUUCUUUGGCACUACCAUCAACUUCUUGACCCUUUCCCUUUUCUCUUUGGAAUACAGGGAGUUACGGUUCUAAAAUAGAGCAUGACCCAAUCUUAAAAAAGCAAUAGCAGAGGAGAUCAGAUAUCCUUUUUUAAACGAUGGCUUACGUGUUAUUUAGAAACAGGUGGAUCCUUCUUCUUCUUUCUGGCUGAACGUUUGUGUUUCCUGUAAAAUAGGUUAUUUAAACACUUAAAACACAGUCUUACCGUUGAUUGCUAUUGUGUUUGAUAAUAUUUAUGUUAUAUCUAUAUUUAUGAGGUAUUAUUUAAGAAGAAAAGUGAAAUUGACAAUCAGUCACACUACUUUUUCACGAUGAAAUUAUUGGAAAAAGCCGUGGCAUUUCUGUACUGUUUAACGUUGUUUUUGUAUGUAUUUAAACUUCAUACCACAGUAGAUUUGCUUGCAUCCUCGUAGAGAGAGAUUAAUUCCUAAUUAAGAUCAGGUAUGAGCUCGUUUGAUUCAUGUUCAACAACCUUUUCUCCAGCAUUUAAUGUUGCCUGUCUUACGGUUUAUCUGUGUGUUCGCCUCUAUGUUCUUAGAGCCAUAGAAAUUCAAUAAAA